AUGAGCAAGUCAAGAGAUAGUGAAACUACCGACAGUGGUUCCACAAAAACGCAAUUAGAGACGAGAAACGUCACCACCCGUCGAACAAAGACGAAGCGCGUUUCCAUGGACCCGGAUCCACAGACGUCAUUUGACGUACGAAAAUUAAAUUUUAAAGUCCCAACAUUUUCACCGGACGAUCCUGAGAUUUGGUUCGCAUUACUUGAAGGACAGUUCGAAAACUUCGGCAUAACUGACGACCAUGCGAAGUUCAACCAAGUAAUUACGAACUUGGAUAUCGUGCACGCCAAGGCCGUCAAGGAUAUUAUCGUUAACCCUCCUGCAAGACACCGGUACGAUAAGGUGAAAUUCGAGCUCAUCAAGCGUCUCACCGCCUCGCACGAGAACAAGGUCAGGCAGCUGCUGACACAUGAGGAACUGGGUGACAGGAAAGCAUCCCAAUUUCUCCGACACCUGCAAGAUUUAGCAGGACCGGAUGUUCCAGAGGAGUUCCUGAGGUCGAUUUGGAGCAACCGGUUACCGCCCAGCAUCCAGACAGUACUGGCAUCGCAGUCGUCUCAGAGGCUGGAGGACUUAGCAGAACUGGCAGAUCGCAUACAGGAGAUAACGUCCCCACCUCAGCUUGCAGCAACGUCGGCGCAGGUUGUAGAAACGGGCAGCACUGGACCUGGCAGUACCGUAUCGGGCGAAAUCGCUGAGCUCAGAAAAAUGGUCGAGCACCUCGCGCUCAAACUCGAUGAGCACACCCGACGGUCCCGGCACCCUCGUAGAACCAACCCGCCGCAGCGACGCCGGUCAAACUCGCGCAGUUCAACUCGUUCAGCUUCAAUGUACCGCCGCUUCCCAAUUUGUUGGUACCACUCCAAGUUCGCGUCGAGGGCACACAAAUGCCAAAAGCCAUGUGACUACAAGUCGGGAAACGCAGCGGGCAAUCAGUGA